AUCUUGUCAUCCCCAACUCUAAGGUUCUGCAAGUUUACCGCAAACUAGAGAAUCCUCGGAGGGUUUCAUCUCCGAUUCGACGAUGUCGAUUGACAACACUGCCUUUUCUGGUCUUUUCGAAUCCUUGUUGGCAGAUAUUAAAACAGUCACAGAAUCAGUAGAAUGCAUAGAAGUAGAGCAGAAAAGCUUUAUUGAAGUUGGAUGUUGUCUUUAUCGAGUUUUUCCAGUGAUAAUGGAGUUGAAGCAUACCGAAACCCCUCCGAAAAAUGUGAGAGAGAUACUACAAUCUGUUUCCCAGAAUGUCAAUCUGGCAAAAGAUCUUGUGGGAGAAUGCCAUAAAGAGAACCAGCCAGUUUCAGAUACUGAACUGGGAAGUAUCAUAGCGCAGCUAGAAGGGGUGAUAAAAGACACAGGUGAAUGUUUGUGCUUGAUACCGUCUGCAACGUUCGGGGGCGAGGAGUAUGCGGAGACUGCAGUCCGAUCCCUUUCGGAGGAAAUGCAGAAUAUCCAUUUUGAAGUUAAGCAACCUCUAGAAUUACGAACCAAAGAGCUCGAACCAACGAUAUCUUUUGCAACGGAACAACCUAAGAACUCAAAAAUGGCAACAGAGAGUCCUGAAAUGCCACAACAAAUGCCAAUGGUCCGGUCUAUUUCGGAGGGAAUGCAGAAUGUCCAUUUUGAAGCUAAGCAACCUCGAGAAUUACGAACCAAUGAGCUCGAACCGAAGAAAUCAAAAAUGGGAAUAGAAAGUUCUCAAAUGCCACAACAAAUGCCAAUGGAACCAGACCUUUAUUCUGUCCAUGUGGAAGUUUCUGUCUCCACAGAAAGUUCUCAAGCUUCAAACAUGCCGCUCCAAAAUGAUUUCCUUAAAAUUUCAAAUCAGAGAAGACAGUAUGAAAGUAUAAACAAACCCAUUACAAAGUUGCCACAGGUAGCUCAUUAUAUUGAACCUAUGUACGACACUUUCGUAUGUCCAUUAACUAAGCAGGUUAUGGAUGAUCCAGUUACCAUUGAGAGUGGAGUAACCUAUGAGAGGAAGGCGAUAUCGGAGUGGUUUGAAACUUUCAGUUAUCUAGAGGAUAUAACAUGUCCAACCACAGGGAUGAAGCUCCCGACCAAGGUUUUAAGCACCAAUGUCGCUUUAAAGAUCACGAUAGAACAAUGGAGGGAUCGGAACGACGUUGCAAGGAUCAAGGUUGCUCGUGUGGCAUUAUCUUUGGCUAGUUCGGAUAGUAUGAUACUAGAGGCAAUAAGGGACCUGCAACAUAUCUGCAAAAGGAAACAAUACAACAGGGUACAAGUACUUAGUGUUGGAAUAUUGCCAUUGCUUAUUAAGUUACUCGGAUACAAAGAUAUAGAUGUCAGAUGUGGAGCUUUGGAACUACUACAACAAUUGGCUGAGGAAGACGAUGAAGGAAAGGAAAUGAUUGCUGAUACAAUGGAUCUAUCAACACUAGUCGAGUUGUUAUCGUGUAGCCACCAGUCAGUUCAGCAUGCAUCAUUGAUUUUCUUACUCGAGCUUUCGAGAUGUCAAGCUUUAUGUGAAAAAAUCGGGUCUGCAACCGGAGCAAUUUUGAUUCUGCUCAGAAUCAAAUAUAACCAUCAGGCUGAUUCCUUUGCUGCCGAAAAAGCAGAUGCAAUUUUGAAGAACCUAGAGAGAUUUCGAGAUAACAUAAAGCGGAUGGCGGAGUAUGGGUUCUUGGAACCUCUUUUGAACCAUCUAACAGAAGGUUCGAAGGAGGUGCAGAUGGAAAUGGCAAGCUACUUAGGGGAAGUCAUUCUCAGUGAUGACAGCAUAACCUAUGUGGCUGAGAGAGCUUCUCCUGGUCUCAUUAAAAUGAUGCAAAGUGGAAACCCCAUCAUCAGAGAAUCAGCAUUCAAGGCUUUGGCACAAAUCUCAUCUCACAAUUCAAAUGGAAGGAUACUUGUCGAAGCCGGUAUUAUCCAAAUUAUGGCUGAAGAGGUUUUCACUCGUACGAUAUACGAUGAGCCUAUGAACUCUAAGAACAAAGCGGCUGCCAUACUUGCUCAUGUUCUGGAGUCGGGGGUUGAGCAUGACGGCAUCCAAGUAAAUCCCCAUGGCCACAGGAUAAGUUCAGAUUACGUCAUCUAUAACAUUGUCAGCAUGCUUAAGAACUCGAAAGCUCAUGAGCUCAACAUCAAUCUCAUCAGAAUUCUGUUAUGCCUGACAAAGUCACCCAAGUCAAUGGCAGCAAUUGUCUCGAUUGUGAACGAGACCGAAGCAAGCUACACCCUCAUUGAAUUCAUCAAUAACCAACACGAACAACUCGGGGUUGCAGCGAUAAAGCUACUUGUUACCCUAUCACCACACAUGGGCAACACACUAGCAGAGAGACUCUGCAAAACCAGGGGGCAGCCUGAGAGUUUAAUCGAGAGCCUUACAGAAACUAACCACAUUACAGAGAAGCAGGCAGUUUCAGCAAAAUUCCUGGCAAAUCUCCCCCAGCAGAAUCUAACACUAAACCUUGCUCUUCUGCACAAGAAUGUUGUCCCCAUAAUCCUUCAGAAAAUCAUUUUAAUCCAAAGAAGUGGAAUAAGAACUAGCAGGCAUGCAAAUGUUUACUUAGAAGGCCUAGUUGGGAUUCUUGUUAGAUUCACAACAACACUGUAUGAACCACAGAUAUUGCUUCUAGCAAAAGCUCACAAACUCACAUCAGUGUUCACGGAACUGCUCAUGAAGACAUCUAGUGAUGAAGUUCAAAGAUUAUCAGCAACUGGACUCGAGAAGCUCUCAUUAGAGUCAAUGAACUUAUCACAGCCACCAAAUAUUAAGAAAACCAAGUCUACGAAAUUUUUCCGUCUGCCAAAACUUCUAUCUUUCAGUUCAUCGAAAAGGAUAAAGAUCCCAUUACUAUGUUCAGUUCACAGAGGUGUUUGUUCUUCAGAAACCACAUUUUGUUUGAUCGAUGCGAAGGCUGUCGAUAGGCUGCUGGCAUGCCUGGAUCAUGAGAAUGGUGAGGUAGUUGAAGCUUCGAUGGCGGCUAUAUGUACUUUGUUGGAUGACAAUGUUGACGUGGACAAGAGUUUGAGCCUGUUGAACGAAUUAGAUGCCAUUCGGCGUAUCUUGAAUGCGGUGAAAGAGCACAGACGAGAGGGUCUGUGGCAGAAAUCUUUUUGGAUGAUUGAAAAAUUCCUAGUGAAAGGUGGAAAUAAAUCAGCUUCAGACAUAUCACAGGAUAGGUCACUGCCCGCCUCAUUGGUUAGUGCUUUUCAUCAUGGGAAUGGUAACACGAGGCAGAUUGCUGAGAACAUUUUAAGACGCUUAAACAGGAUGCCGAGCAGCUCAACUAGCUAUUACACCAUGUAAAAAGAUGCCCCAAAUUCACUCCAAUGUUAAUGUAAAUGAUAUGCCUCUAGAAAGAACAAAAUCAAAACUUAUAUUGUGUUGCCUGUAAAUUUGUCUGUACUAAUUCUGUAAAUACAGAGACAAC